UUUCUGACAUCUAAUUGUUUACAUUACAUUGAACUGCUCUCAUCGGAAAACAAACAAAAUUUGAGCACAUUAUUUUGAGAAAUUCAACAGAUUACAUAAAUAAGCAGAGAACAAUGAACUGUCUUAUGAUAUUUGAUAAUUUGAAUGAUAUUAUUUAUAUUAAAUGUAACAGUAUUUUUGUCAAACAUAUCAAUGAACUUGCUGUUGAAGAAGGUGUGCUACCAGAAGAGAAUAAGUGUGAUGCCUCUAUACCUGAUAAUGUACUUGUACAUUUAUUUUCCCCAGUUAUUACUUCCCAAAGAAUAAUGACCUCACAAUUUGGAAACUCUUAUAGCUCUAUAACAUGUUAUGGUGGCCUCAAAAUUUGUUUUGAUGAGUUUAUGGGAUAUUUGUUUGUGGGUAUUGGAGAAGGAGAUCUUUUAAAAAUUCAGAAAUAUUUGAGUAUUUCCAUUGCUAUGGUAAGGUUCCUCUGUGGACCCGAUGUAUAUGAAUUGAAAGAUAAAACUCAACGAUCAGAGUUGUUAACAAAUCUCUUAAACAGCUAUAAUACUCUGAGGGAAAAUGAUCAGGCAAUAUUAUUAGAAGCUAUUGAACAACUUGUUCUUAAUCCUAAUUUGAAUACUUCUGUGCUUCAAGCUUUGAAAGAAUCUGUUGUUUCUUUAAUCACUCAAAUAGACUGCUUCAAAAUACAUGCCUUGUUAUUGGUGAAAAAUAAAUUCUUGAGUUUGUAUUCAAGUGAAUUAGCUAAAGAACUUUCACCAACAGAUGUACUAUUCUCAAUAAUAUUGGCAGAUUCAACAGUUAAACGUUUGAAUGAUUCAGACUUGAGCAAAUCUGAAGCAAUAUCCAGUUAUCAAGUGUUAUUAAGUGGACCAGAAUCCUCACCAAAAUGUCUACCACAUGCGAUACAUAUCGUGCCUAUUGAUGAAGAUCUUAAUAUAAUAUAUUUUUUGGAAAUUGGUAACUCAGCACUCUCUUCCAGUUUAUUUGAAACAUUCUGUCAUCUCCACAUAAUGCAGCAGAUUCAAGUUCAAAGAGACUUCUCAGUAAUGAGACCGGCAUAUGAAAAUUUAGAGCUGGCUGUUAAAAAAGUUAACGAUAGUCUCAAGAAGAACAAAAAUGUAGCCAUAGAAUCUUGCCACAAGAACUUGGUGAAAAAAUGGGAUUUAAUGAAGAAGAAAUAUAUAGAAUUCCUAAAAAACUCCUCGGAAGAAGCUCUACUAAGAGCAGAAACCUUAGCAUUGGGCUUUUUGGAAGAUUUGAAGAAAUUAUUGCAUUUAACAACAGUGAACGAUGGUAUUUUACAAUCUAGUCAAAAGAAUGUGAUCGAGGCUGCCAAGUUGGUCUCUGAAAAACUGAACAGUAUUAAGGACUUUGUAAGGGUUAAGGCCAUCAAAAAUUUUUCCCUUGGAUCAUAUCUAGAGGACUUUCCCGGAUUGGUUCACUUCAUCUAUAUAGACCGUACAACUCAUAGGGUUACUUCUCCCAGUAUAAAUUUUCAAACAGAGAAGCCUCAUUUACUGACUAAGAAAAAAGUAUGGCAUUUGAUUGAUUUCGCUCUUCAACAUCUUCAGGAAGGAACCAUGUCAUUGAUGUGGAAAGACACGAUAUUUAGCUAUGCUUAUUUCUUGUGGUUUGAAGAUUCGAAUGGAACACCACUGAAGAGUUCCGUUCCACUAACUAAUCCUAAUAAAACAUUACCUGUACCUGGACUACUCAACAAUGACUUUUAUCAGAAAAUAAAGGAAAUUUGUUUUCCUAAAAUGUCACCCUCAAAGAUAAGAUGCUACGAAAUAUUUUGCAUUCAUUUGGGAUUGGUGAGCCAGCCAUGUGUAUUGGAACAUACAAGAAGACUUGCAGCUACCAUUUGGGAGCUAAAUGGUCAUCCAUCUCAUCCCAUUGAUCUUAUUUGAAUAGACGAAUGUAUGGAAGACGUUUGAGAAUUCACAUUGGACGAUUGUAGAUAAUUAGAAAAACUCAUUAUCAAUUAAGGUUCAACAGUAUUAUGCUAUUGGUGUUCGAUUCAUUAUUAUUUUGUUUCCUUUACACUAUGUUGGUGUUUUAAACAUAUUUGUUACUAGUAGUUAUUUUAUUUAUGUUUUUUUUUUCUUUAAAGAAGUUGUUUUUAAUUGAAUUUUAUACAGGGUUAGUUCUUCUAUAUUUUAGUAAGAAAUUGAAGAUAACUUGUGAUAUAUUAUUAAAUUUUCUGUUAUCGUUGAAAAUAAACGAUCAUUUACUCA